AUGCCUGCAUUUUUUGAACCGAAACAGAGACGCCGACGGAGUCUGUUUGGUCUUUGGAUUCCAGCAAAACCCGUCGUGUUCUCCAACAAAGUCAAUACAUCGCCGAAAAAUUCGGCAGCAUCUGACAGCCCGGCAUCUGAUCCCAUUGCUAUCCCCGAAGAGAGUAGAGACCGACUCAGGGUUCGUUUGAACCGCAGUCGCUCCAAGGUCCUAUUUUUAUUCGGCUUGCGAAGCUUUUCCAACAGAAACAAAGGAUCAAACACCGAGUCUGUGUCCUGUGAGAGUGCCCCCAGUCCCGACAUCUCCCCAGAUGCAUCAUCUCCUGGCGCAGAAGAUGGCCGCCUUGUAUUUAUCACCGGCUCUUCACCCCCGAAUGAUGAACCUCCAGUGGCGACAUGCUCUGAGUACUUACAGCCGGAAGAUGUGCAUAUUCUACCUGAACCCUUGGCAAGUCCGGAACCCAUAACACAGCAGGAAGAAAACUCAGAGGAGGAUCGGCAACAUGAACAGAAACACGUCGAGAAUAGCGACGACGUAAAGAGUACGCCUGCAGAAGAAUUCCAGACUCUGCAGAAUCCAGGAUUUGUCGAUCGCUUUUCGCAAAGAAUCUCCUUGACCUUCGGCCACCCCACAGUCAUCCGUCGGGCGCACUUGCGCUCGAGACCGAGCGUUCUUGUCAUCGACUCUCCUGUACUCGCCAGUCUGAACAAGCAGGUGGACGGCACGGAUGACAGCUCGGAUCCUUCAACGAUACCAAGCAGCGGCAGUUCUCCCAUCGGUGGACGGUCGACACCCCCGACGCCUGUGACAUCUGGAGAACCAUCUCCUUCUACGACCAAAUAUGAACCCAUAGCCGGACCACUAUCACCAGCCAUUGAAUGGUCUUCCCGGUCUCAGCCUGACAAAGAGGCGAGCCUCGUGCCGGACCCAAACCGUGCCAUUUCUCCAUCUAUCUUGACGGUAGAAGCAGCAUCCACGGCGAAGGUGUUCUUGGAACUCUACUUCAACUCGAUUUUUCAGAAUGUAGACCCCCGUCUGCUGCGCCAACACGAGUUGGAGCAACACAUCUAUGCGUUUCAACUCACCCCUGAGGAACAGGCGGUUGCCCGGCAGAACUGGGCCUUGCAAGAAAACGAACACCUGCGUCGGUGCCGUGUCCUCAAGACCAACAGAUGCUGCUCUCGGAGUGAGGAUGCAGUUUCACUGGCGGGAUUUGAAGUUAUCAAAGUUCUGGGGAAAGGCAGCUUUGGCGUGGUGCGUUUGGUCCGAGAAAAGGGAAGUGGAGAUAUGGAGCUUGAUGAGGAUGAAUUCAUGCUCUUGGACAGGGAUAGUCCCAGUGGUAGGGCAAGACAUCUCAGCCUUCUGAGGUCAGCCAUGGAGGGGAAUAGGAGCAGUCGACGCAAGCUGAUGUCCGGGGAAAGGAAGGAAGUCUACGCAAUGAAGGCCAUUCGAAAAUCAAAUAUGAUCCGAAACUGUCAAGAAGGCCACAUUCGAGCCGAGAGAGACUUCCUGGUUGCGUCAGAAAAGUCCCGCUGGAUCGUCCCUUUGAUUACCAGCUUCCAGGAUGCCAACCAUCUUUAUCUCGUCAUGGACUACAUGGUGGGCGGAGACUUCCUCGGACUGUUGAUUCGCCGUGAUAUUCUGCGUGAAGACUGGGCGAGAUUUUACGUCGCUGAAAUGGUCCUUUGCAUCGAGGAGGCCCAUCGACUAUGCUGGAUCCACCGCGAUAUCAAGCCGGACAACUUCCUCAUCUCGGCGUCGGGGCACUUGAAGAUUUCCGAUUUUGGUCUUGCCUUCAAUGGGCAUUGGUCUCAUGAUCAAGUGUACUACAACAAUCAUCGUUAUUCCCUUCUGGAAAGACUCGGCAUCGAUGUGCAGGGGGAUUCUACGGAUCAAAAGGAAGCUGCAAAGAAUCAGAAAGAGCCCACACCCGACGGCCUUAACGUAUCUCAGCAUCCCCAUGUACCGUUGCCGUCUCUUCUAAGUUGGCGUGACAGUAAGGAGAGGCGGCGAUUUGCAAAAAGUGUUGUGGGAACCAGCCAAUACAUGGCGCCUGAAGUCAUUCGUGGUGAGAUAUAUGACGGGCGAUGCGACUGGUGGAGUUUGGGGAUCAUUUUGUACGAGUGCCUGUAUGGCUUUACUCCUUUCGCCUGUGAAAACCGACGGGAUACUAAGAUCAGGAUUCUGCAUCAUGUUCGAGCCUUGCAAUUCCCGAAAGCAAAGCCAUCAGAUAAACUGAUAUCACCAGAAGCCAAAGACCUGAUCACCCGGAUCCUGCAAGAGCGCGAGUUUCGCCUGUGCUCACAACAGUACCAGGCCAACGAUAUCUUGGGUGCUCGACCAAUUCCAAUCCAAUUUUUGUACUCCAUGGAUCCGCGGUACAGGGACGUCCCCAGCUACUAUGUGUACCCCAACGACGCAACAGACAUCAAAGCCCAUCCUUUCUUCAGAGGCAUUCCGUGGAACGACCUCCACUUGAUGCAGCCGCCACUCAUCCCGAGAGUCAAGAGCUGGGAAGACACCCGAUAUUUUGAUGAUUGGAAGGCUGUCGGAAACCUCGACCAACCCUCGGAAGAAAGCGAGCCGGGAGAGGACGCGGAAGAUGCUAACGAGGAGCAUAAUCCUGCAACUUCCGAGCCUCAGGAACCUGGCCCAGCACCCAAUGUGUCCCCUGAGCCGGUUGUGCCCUCCACAGAUCCCAAAGCCGCAGCAGAGGCGCAAAAAGCAGCUGCGCAGAAGCAAAAGGAGCAAGAGAAGAAAAGGCCGCGAGACAAAAUUCUGCGUGAUAAGGACAUGGGCAAGACAGUCUUGGAAAUGCGCAAGAAGGGCGCCUUUUUGGGAUAUACCUAUCGUCGCCCAAAGGGCGCUGUCAUGGCACUUACCGCUGAGCGUGGACGCCAGCCAUUUGCCCGCGGUCAGCUGGUUGAUCUGUAUGCACCGUGA